CAGCAGCAAAGCAACAGCUAGCAGCCAGCGGCUAUCUCUGUCGGAGGACGGGGCGUAUUAUUACCAUGCAAAAGUUUACAAACACCGAUUCCUUGUCCUGAGUGGGCACCAGAGUAACGUUAGGUCAGACCUGGAACGGCUGUCGGAACCAUGGGUCGCGGCUGGCUGCCUUAGUUUUCGGUUCCGUUCUGUUAUUUGGAGCUUCAAAUGUGCGAAAAGUCGCUAGGUCUCUCCUCGUCGUUUAACAAGAUGGCAGCAGCAGCAGUGGCAGCAGCAUCGUUGCAGGAUUUGACAGUGCGGGUCCUCGUUGCUAGCCUGUUCCUUGACGCUUCGGGUGAUACAAUUUACUGGUCUUACUGAAGGUAUGGCCUCACAAGUCUUGCUCUACCCACCACACCUUCACUCAGCUCAAACAAGUGCCUUAGGAAGCAGCAGCAGUGGUACCAGCAGACAAACAGGCGAAGCCCAUUGCAGUAAUAACACCAGCAGAGCCUUUCAGCACCGACCCCCACCCAAGACCUACGUGAUCGGCGUCAACUACGGUAUCGCCUAUCCCAACAACGUCGUCCCAUCCUCAACAGGUGCAGACGCAGGACGACUGCAACGGGGAAUCCAGCUCGAAGAAAGGGAGGAGUGGGCAUUGCAGACUGCUGGAUUAGAGAGGGAGGAAACGUGGGAGGGAGGAGGAGGUGGAGGAGGAGAGGUGAGGCUGCGUAGGGACAGUGGUGGUGGAGAAAGAGCAGAAGAAAGAGGCUUGGACUGCGGGCUUCUGAGGAGGGCCUGUAUCAGAGCAGAGGAGGAGGAGGGCACAAACAUCAGAGUGCAGGUCAGAGCCGGAUACGUUAACCUUGCAGACACAGGGGCCACUCAGAGAUGUGAGCAGAAACCAGGUGACUUUGGAGAGCAACCACAGGAGAACAGCUGUGUUGGAGCCAUGCAGAUAGUGGAGGAGGUGUCUGCUCUACCUUCACUUCCUCCCCCUGUGGCUAUGUUGCAAACCAGCACCAGUAACAAUGUGGAUACUGUUAGAGGAGGGGGUGGGGGGACACUGCCUGCACAACACAACAGGGUCAACGGAGUCAAUGGCGUGGGGAUUGGGGCGGACGGGACUGAGUUCAAGUCAAACGGCAGCACUGAGGUGGUGGCAGGAGCGACAGUGACCAGAACUGGAUCGGGAGACGGCGACUAUCAGUUAGUUCAGCAUGAGGUUUUGUGUUCCCUGAAGAACAGCUAUGAAGUCUUGGAGUUCCUUGGUCGUGGCACAUUUGGUCAGGUGGUGAAGUGUUGGAAGAGGGGAACGAAUGAAGUGGUGGCCGUUAAAAUACUGAAAAACCACCCAUCCUAUGCACGGCAGGGGCAAAUUGAGGUGGAGAUCUUGGCCCGGCUGAGCAGUGAGAAUGCAGAUGAGCACAAUGUUGUGCGUGCACUGGAGUGCUUUCAGCACCGCAGUCACACUUGUCUGGUGUUUGAGAUGCUGGAACAGAACCUCUAUGACUUCCUUAAGCAGAAUAAGUUCAGCCCACUGCCACUAAAAAUUAUCAGGCCGAUUCUGCAACAGGUGGCCACAGCCUUAAAGAAGCUGAAAUCUCUGGGAUUGAUCCAUGCUGACCUGAAGCCAGAGAACAUCAUGCUGGUUGACCCCUCCAGGCAGCCAUACAGAGUUAAAGUCAUCGACUUUGGUUCAGCCAGCCACGUCUCCAAGGCUGUCUGCUCCACAUACCUGCAGUCCAGAUACUACAGGGCUCCAGAGAUUAUUUUGGGCCUGCCAUUUUGCGAGGCCAUCGACAUGUGGUCACUGGGCUGUGUGAUAGCUGAGCUUUUCUUGGGCUGGCCCCUCUACCCCGGAGCGCUGGAGUACGACCAGAUCCGGUACAUCUCUCAGACUCAGGGCCUGCCCGGUGAGCAAUUACUCAACAAGGGGACCAAGACGACUCGCUUCUUUUCCAAGGAGUCAGACUCACCUUAUGCCUCAUGGAGACUAAAGACGACAGAAGAGCACGAGAAGGAGACCGGACUGAAAUCCAAAGAGGCCAGAAAGUACAUCUUUAGCUGUUUGGACGACAUCGCACACGUGAACCUGGUGCUGAGUCCUGACAACAGCGACAUGCAGGCAGAAAAGGCCGACAGGCGGGAGUUUGUCUCUCUACUGAAGAGUAUGCUGCUGAUCGAUGCUGAGGACCGGACCGUUCCCUCCACUGUGCUCAAUCACCCCUUCCUCACCAUGACUCAUCUGCUGGACUACCCACACAGUAACCAUGUGCAGUCAUCUUUCCGUAUCAUGGACAUGUGCCACAGUCGGCCCAGUAAUGCAGUUUUUGAUGCUCUGAACCAGAACACCAUUCAUUUCUCCAGACCUCCAGUUGCCCCCACUGCCUCCUCCGGCCUUCAUUUAGGCUACAGUAAUAUACCAGUCCACACUCAGGCUAUAACCCAGUCUGCACCUUCAGUGUUGCAUCCUGGAAUAGCUCUAACAACUGCUAAUGGCCAGUUUGGGUGCAGUGACUCGUUCCCGCCUGCCCUCCUUCUUUGUCCUCCCACCAUGCAAGGGAACCUUAACCAACCAGCAGGGUAUUCUGUUCCCAUGGUAACUCAGGCUCCUCCCAUACAGCCUCUACCAGUGAGGCCUGGGGUAAUAGCUCAGCAGGCCUGGUCUGGCCGAGGGCAGCAGCUACUGGUCCCAGCAGCCUGGCAGCAGAUUACACCAGUGGGUCCUCCACCCUCUCACCCUCCUCCACCACCCCCGUCCACCCUCACCAGCGACACCACAGCCGGCCCACAGAGGAUCAGCGACUGGGGGAAAGUGCGUCCCCACAGCAGCCAUUACAGUUCAGUGCUGCAACAAACUUUACUGACCAAUCAGAUGCCAGCCCUCUCAGCCCAUCAGCCAAUAAACAUUGGAAUAGCUCAUGUUGUGUGGCCUCAACCAGCCAAUAAAAGGAACAGACACAGUCACAACAGAAACCUGUCCCACCCCAGCAACGUCCACAUAUCAGUGUGUCGGACCCCCAAAAUCACCGACGUCGUUAGUCAGAUGGUGGCAGGAAGGGAGCAGCCUCAGAGGGACGUCCCUGUGGAGGAGACGAGGCAACUGGGCGUUCGAAACACGGAGGAGGGAGACGACGCAGAGGAAGAAGUGAGCUGCUUCAAAGAGGCGGUGCCAAACAGACAGAUGGACGGUCAACAGCAGAGAGAUGUGGCCGUUCUGAUGGGCGACACCCCCAGCCCCGCUCCCAGUGUGAUCAGCAUACGCAGCGACCUGACCGACGCAGAAGAUGAGGGCGAUGGAGACCCUCAGAGGUGCCGUCUGAACGAGUGUAAAGAGGAGUGUGUGUGUGAGGCGUGCAGAAACACCACUGUGUCCAUGGAGAGAGUGUGUUCCCUCAGCAGCCCCGACAGCAGCCUGAGCACCAGCUCUUUCGCCUCCAACUCCCUUCAGUCCAGCCCGUCUGUCUCCCCAUGCAAGAGACCCAACAGCAUGUCUGAAGAUGACGGCCAUGAGAGCGGCUGCGACACAGUGGAAGGAUCCCCCACAUCAGACACAUCAACUUCCCCGCGCGGCAACAGCCCUUACCGUUACCUCGACAACAGUAACCACAACAACCGCCCACCUUUGGCUGCCAUGGUAGCACCACUGCCUACCCCUGCAGUGCAGGGCAGGAGUCCCCGCGGUGUGCGGACAAUGGUGGUUCCACCAAUGAGAGUGCAGAACAACAACAACACUCGAGGGACAGAGGAGCGGAUCCAGAGAAUGGUGUCCGAGUCCUGGUCCCGGUCCAAAGGGCGCUGCAGCCUCGCAGGACAGCAGAGCACCCCCUCGUCCGUCCCCCCCCUCCUCCCAUCCGGCCCCCUCCUGUCCCGGCAGCAAAAGGUGUCAGGGCAGCAGCACCCUCUGGGCUUUGGACAGGUGCAGCCGUACGCUUCAAACCACAGCAACAAAGAGUGGAACGGCAACUAUGGGCCACUGCGCCCACACGCCUUUAUCCCCCCGACUGUCCACACACACACCUUCACACACCUCCAGCACAGCAGCCCCACCCACAGCUCCGCCGCCACGCACACCCUGCUGUCCUACCCUCCCAGUGGGCCCCUCACCGCCGCCCACCACCCCCACCCCAUCCUGCCGUCUCGCCCUCCUCCUCCUCCUCCUCCCGCUCCCCCUCUCCUCCAGCACAGCUACGGGCUCUCGCACCCGCAGGGAGGCGCUUUAGUUCAUCAGGUGACCCUGGGCAUCAGCACCCACCACCACCCCGGACACCCGCACAGGCUCCUCCCUUCCCCGACCAUCCACCCGCACCACCAGCCCGGCUACCCCCACCCCCACCAGUUCAAGCCCCCUUUCCCCGCUCCGCCGGCCCCUCCUGCCCCUCACCCUUACAUGGCUUCCCCGGCCGCUUACACCGGCUUCCCCCUGAGCCCCACGAAGCUCAGCCACCACCCGCAGUUUUCCUACAUCUGAGGAGCCGCACAGGGCCGCAGCAGUACCUUCUGAUGAGGAGGGGCAACGGCAAAUGGACGGGGGCCGCCACCUGGGCGGGCAGAGCCAGCAGCAGACCGCAUAUCGGACAUUUGUGAUGAUGAAGACG